AUGGAUCAUAAUGAAAAACUGAUCAAUAAUACUGAAUCAAUUCAUUACGUAACAAAUUAUGUAACUAAUCCAAUAUACCAUAUAAAUCAACAAGACAACUAUGAUCAUAAUAAUCAAUAUUAUCGUAAUCAUCAUGAUCAUCAUCAUCAUCAUCAACAUCAUCCUUAUCAGCAUCAUCAUCAUCUGGAUCAUCUUCAACAAAAACAUUAUCAAUCUUCUAAUGAUCCAUUACAACAAUCAUCAUAUAUACAUCAUACAAUGAAUAUAGAAGAGCCAAUGAUUCAAAUAAAUGAUCCAUUUUCAGUGAUAUCAACUACUACUAAUACUACUACUAAUAAUAAUAAUAAUACUAAUACUACUACUAUUACUCACAAUCCAAUCACAUAUAUUGAAGAAAUGAAUGUAACUAAUAGUGUUACAGCUGCAGUAGCUAUGGCAACAGCUACUGGAGUUGUUGUAACUAUACAUCAUCCAGAAUAUUCAUUGAAUUCUAAUGAUCAACCUAUAUUGUCUAAUUCUUUUCCAUGUUCAUCAAAUUAUAAUUAUUAUCAAUAUUAUUUAAAUAAUAAUCAAUCUAAUCAAGAAUCAUUUGAUUUAUUACCAUGGCAACAUAAUCGUAUCAAUCAUGAUUUGAAUAGUUGUCUUACAUUACAACAACAACAACAACAACAACAACAACAGCAACGACAAGAUAUUGAAGAUGUCGGUACCAUUAAUGAGACUACUAGUACAACUCCUAUUUCUAGUAGUAAUCAUCAUCAUAAUAAUAAUAAUAAUAGUAGUAGUAGUAGUAAUGUCAAUCUCUUGGAAGAAACCAGAAAGCAUAACAGUCGAUAUUUAAAUGAUAAUGGAAUGAAAUCUCAAACAAAAUUAUCUAGUUCCGAUGAUGAUGAAGAUUUGAAACGUCAAAAUCAAAAUAUACUUAAAUCUGGUAUGUUAUGCCUUAUAUGUGAAGAUAAAGCAACAGGUAAACAUUAUGGUGCAUAUUCAUGUGAUGGAUGCAAAGGAUUUUUUCGACGUUCUGUUCGUCGUAAACAUUCAUAUACAUGUAGACAUAAAAAAAAUUGUAUAGUUACAAAAGAUAAACGUAAUCAAUGUCGAUUUUGUCGGUUUCGUAAAUGUUUUCGUGUUGGUAUGAAAGAAUCUGCUGUACAAAAAGAACGUGAUAAAAUAAGUAAUCGUCAUGGAAAUUAUGAUCCUAAUUCAUCGAUUCAUUCAACGAUAGAUUUACAAAAAUUAUUACAAGCUGAAACAAUAGCUAAUUGUGCAAUACAUCAAAACUAUAUGAAUAUAACAAAAAAAUCUACUGAUUUAUUUGAUGAACAAUCCAUCUAUAAAGAAUUCAAUGAAAAUAAUUUAGCCAGUAUUAAUGAUAUUUGUGAAUCAAUACGUACUCAAUUAAUAUUUUUAAUUGAAUGGGCUAAAAAUCUCACUGUAUUCACAUCAUUAACAAUUAAUGAUCAGAUUGCAUUAUUACAAGCCCAUGCUGGUGAAAUACUUAUACUAGGUGCUAUAUGGAGAUCAAUUACAUUAGGACCAACAAUAAAUAAAUCAACUAAAUAUCAUAUAAAUAAAUUAAAACAUUUUGAACAAAAAAUAAAUCAAAAUGGUAAUAAUAAUAUACCUACUACUAUCAUCAAUGAUAUGACUACUACUACUACUCAUGCUUCAAAUGUUGUUGCUAUGGUUACUACAACAUCAUUAUCUCAUUCAUGGAAUUCUACUGUUACCACGACUACUACUACUACUACUACUACUACUACUAAUGGUGGUGAUGGUGGUGGUGGAGAACAAUCAACCUCAAAGAAUUCAAUCAUUGAUGAUCUAUUAGAUACUAAUUCUAUACAAUCAAUUAAUUAUGAACCACAAUUUAUAUUAUUAGGUAAUAAUCGUAUUAUAUCAAGAGACAAUCCAUUACCAGAAAUAGCUGAUUUAGCUAAUAUGAUUAUAAAUGAAAUAUAUCAACCAAUACAAAAUUUAUGUUUAGAUGAAAUUGAAAUUGUUUGCUUUCGUGCAAUUAUGUUCUUUGAUCCAAAUUGUGAAUCCUUAUCAGAGAAUGGACGUUUAUUAAUACGUAGUUGUCAAUAUUUAAUACAAAUGGAAUUAAUGAAUAUAAUGAAUAAUAAAUUAUAUUUACCACAAGGACGUUUUGGUGCAUUAUUAUUAUUAAUACCAGAAUUUCAUUCAAUUACAUUACAUAUGAUUAAUAAAUUACAAAUUAUACAUCAAAUGGGUUUUACUAAAUUAGAUGGUUUAUUAUUAGAGAUAUUAUUAAAUAAUGCAAUAAAUGAAUCAAAUGAUACUACUGAAUCUACUCAUUUAAAAUCAUCCAUUAAACAUUAUCAUUCAUUAAAUAAACAUGUAUUUCAUGAAGAGAAUAAAUUACCAACAGUCUAUUCAAUGCCUAAACUACAUCCAAUACAAAAUGAUUAUACUUAUACUACACAUAUUACAGAAUCCAUUACAUCUUUAUCCUCUUCUACAUCAUCAACAUUAUCAACUACAUCAACUACACAUUUCAAUAGUAUACCGAUUGUACGUGAAGUUGACUAUACAACAAACGAAUCUGAACAUACCAACUGUGAAGAAUUAUCUAGUAUGAACCAUUAUUUACCCUUAACCUCUUCCACAGUAACACAAUUAAAUGUAUUAGAUAAAAUGUAUAUGACAACAGCAGACACAACGUCUACCACACAGCCAACGAAUAUCGUAGUGAAUUCACCAAAGUAUACAGGACAACUUGAACCAGAAUCAAUUUUAUCAAUACAAUCAUCUAAUUUAUUGAAUGAUUAUGACAAUAUUGAAAAUUGUAAUUCAGACAAACAACCCAGUAAUGAUAUGUUAGCUCAAUAUUAUCAUGCUGUUCAACCAAUUAUGAGUACAGUAAAAAAAUUUAAUACGAAUUUGGAUUUCAGUAGUAAUAAUAAUAAUCGUAAUGCUACUAAUAAUAAUGAUGUCAAUCAAUCACUUUAUGCUAUGCAUUUAGGUGAAGAAACUUUUGAAAAUAUUUCAAAUACAAAUUAUUCAAUCCACUCAAAUAUUAUCAAUUGUUUACCAACUUUAGAACCUGGUAUAUAUUAUACAGAUAAUCAGUUCUAUACAACUUAUUCACAUCAUUUAAAUAAUAAUAAAACAAAAUACAAUCAGAAUACUACUAUUACUAGUAUCAGUAGUAGUGAUAAUACUUCACCAAUUUAUACUAGUUACGAUGCCAAACAUUUGAUACCAAUUGAUAAUCCUAAUCAAUCAUAUUCCACAAUGAAUUUCUAAACAUAUUCAAUGGUGAAUGGUCUUAGAUUCUUUUUCUUUUAUUUGUUUUCCUCUUCUUUUUUAAAAAAUAAAUAAAUAAACGAGAAUCAGGUUAUAUAUGUAUCACUUAUGUAAUACAUUUC